AUGCGCCAUCAAUUCCUGAUGGAAGGGCUGCUAUCUCUAUCGGCGUCUCACUGUGCGCACUUGGAGCCUUUGGCGAGUUGGGACUACACGGAGGCUGCCACGAAAUACCAAAUUUCAGGAAUACUGGGCUACAGAUCCGCCCUCAAUUGCAUCGACGGCAAUAACUACGAAGCAGUUUUUGCCUUCUCGAUUAUUCUGAUAAUAAUGGGGUUUGGUAUGCCAUCUGCAUCUCAAGAACGCCAGUCAGUCACACCUUUGGAUCAUAUCACGUCCAUUUUCGAGCUCUUGAAAGGCGUCGAAAUUACCACACAGACCUAUGGCGAGAUGAUCAAAUUUGGAAUGUUUAAGCCCCUCUUCCUGACUGUCAAUACUCACAGUGUUGAUAAUGGCCAGCAGGGAUUUGCCGUCGCUGUGCCAUGGAGAGACGCAAAGGCUGCCAUGACUAGACUCCGUGAAAGGGUUGAUAUCGUCACCAAGUACGUUGGGGUAGAUGUCCGAGAGAUUUAUAUCGGGGCCAUUGACGGGCUCGAGUUGAGCUUUUUGGAGGUGGAGUUGAAGGGUGGCAUUUCGCAUGUUGUUGCAUGGCCAAUCUUGAGCGGCAAAGAUUUAAUCGACCUACUCAAAAGAAAAGAUCCGAUGGCGCUGCUUCUGUGGGCUCACUAUGGAGUUUUGACGCUCGUCGUUCACAAUUAUUGGUGGGGAAAGGAUUUUGGUGUUCGACUGAUCGAUGGUUUGUGCAGUACUCUGCACAGCCUGGACCCUGAGUGGAUGAUUUGGACUGAAUGGGCGAGGUACUGCGCGUCUUUGGUUUCACGAUUGUGA